AUGGAGGAAGCAUUGUGUCCUAAGAUUGGCAUGGAGUUUCAGUCAGAAGAUGAGGCAUACAACUUCUACAAUAAGUACGAAUUAGUUGUUGGGUUCAGUGUUCGAAAAGACUACUUGAACAAGGAUAAUGAUGGUGUAGUUACAUCGAAAAGGAAUAUUCUUGAAACAAUCAUGGGAAAAGAGGCAGGUGGAUUAGGAAAUAUUGGCUACACUCGUGAUGACUUAAAAUGCUAUCUACGAACAAAAAGAGAGAGGGGAUUAAAGUAUGGUGAAACUGGUGCAAUGCUACGAUACUUUGAAGAACAAAAAUUGGAAAAUCCGUCAUUCUUCCAUGCAGAGCAGCUUGAUUGUGAAGAACAAAUUACAAAUAUAUUUUGGAUUGAUGCAUCAAUGCUAAUGGAUUAUACCUAUUUUGGAGAUGUGGUUACAUUUGACACCAUAUAUAAAACUAACAAGGAGUACAGACCAUUGGACGUAUUUGUGGGAUUCAAUCAAUUUAGACAAUUGGUUAUUUUUGGAGCAACUCUAUUGUAUGAUGAAACCAUUGAAUCAUUCAAGUGA